CGCGUGACCGGCGAGUGGAUCCGGUUGUUGACGAGCGGAGACAGGCUGGGACAUGGAGGAGUCGGGCGAGGAGGACGAGCAGCCGCUGUUGAGCGGGGAGCGCAGGCAAGUGUCAGCUUGCUGCUCUGCUCGAUACAGCCUGGCGAUAUUGGCCUUUUGUGGAUUUUUUAUGGUAUAUGCACUACGUGUGAACCUUAGCGUUGCAUUGGUUGAGAUGGUGGAUGAUAAUGGAACUUUACCUAAGAAUGGCAGUGUUGAGGCAUGUCCACCACACUCCAACGUUACCCAUCAAAAUUAUGAAAAAAAGGGCAAGGUAUAUAACUGGGAUUCGAAUGUACAGGGUUGGAUCCUUAGUGCUUUCUUCUACGGUUACAUCGUUACUCAGAUUCCUGGCGGAUAUCUAGCUGGUAAAUUUGGAGGGAAGCUGUUGCUUGGCUUUGGCAUACUCUGUACUUCAGUUUUAACACUGUUGACACCACCAGCAGCUGAACUGGGUUAUAACUGCAUAAUUGUAUUGAGGAUUAUUGAAGGACUCGGAGAGGGUGUAACCUUCCCUGCCAUGCAUGCAAUGUGGGCUGAAUGGGCGCCACCUUUAGAAAGGAGCACACUUGUAAGUUUAUCAUAUGCAGGUGCCCAACUUGGAACGGUUGUUUCCCUUCCAUUAUCUGGAAUAAUUUCCUAUUACUUGGAUUGGUCAUAUGUUUUCUACAUAUUUGGUGCACUGGGAGUCAUCUGGUGUUUGUUAUGGUUCUGGCUGGCGAGUGACUCGCCAAAAACCCACAAAACUAUAUCUAAUGCCGAGCAAGAUUACAUAAUUUAUUCACUUCGUGGCCAGUGUUCUUCUAAGGAAAAUGUACCAUGGCUAUCCAUAUGGAAAUCUUUGCCACUCUGGGCUAUAAUUGUUCCUCAUUUUUGCUACAAUUGGACUUUUUAUACAUUAUUAACACUGCUUCCAACAUACAUGGAAGAAAUUUUACAAUUUGACAUUAAAGAGAAUGGAUUUUUAUCAGCUCUGCCAUAUCUCUUCUGUUGGAUAGUAAUGAUCAGUGCUGGACUGAUUGCUGAUUACCUGAUUAAAAAACAGAAUUGGACUACAUCUGCUGUUCGGAAAAUAUUCACCUUAAUAGGUAUGAUCGGGCCUGCAAUAUUCCUGGUUGCUACUGGAUAUAUAGGCUGUAAUUAUACAGCGGCUGUGUUAUUUGUUACAAUAUCUUCUGCGUUAGGAGGCUUCAGUAUGUCUGGAUUCAAUAUUAAUCAUCUGGAUAUUGCUCCAUCAUAUGCAGGAAUUUUACUUGGGAUCACAAACACAUUUGCCACAAUUCCUGGAAUGGUAGGACCAGUUAUUGCCAAAGUCUUGACAUACAAUCAUACACUUGCAGAAUGGCGAACUGUGUUUUACAUUGCUGCUUGUAUUGAUGUGUUUGGUGCACUGUUUUUUGUUAUUUUUGGGAAAGGUACAAUCCAGUCCUGGGCAACUGAUCACUGAACAUUUCACUGUAACCAAUCAAUGUUUCUCAUGUAACCUUAAUCUACAUUUAAUCUUGAUCAUGUGAGCUAAGCUUUUUGCUACAAACUUUAUUUCACAAAAAACUUAAAACAAUACAAAUUAAAAUAUUUUCCUCAGCAA